UUCAACACUACUAUAUAACAAAUAAUUUGAGUAUAUGGAGAAAGUUCUAAAAGCUCACACAGACUACAAUUAACACAGAGACUACUAAAAACCUGCUGUAAUGUUUCGGCUCAACUGCUACCUCAGUUUAUCAUCACUUUACAUUUGGCUGUCAUUUGCAAUAGCUGCUAUCAACUUUCCAGGCAUUCCCAAUUGCUUCAAAACCAGAAUCAGUGGAAGAAUCAACAAUAAUCAAAACCAAACCUUCUCAAUUGAACAGCACUAUUGUUUGAUUGGAGAUGAUGAAAUUGGAAGGACUGUGUUCAAUUCUGGACAAUAUAUCAGUGGUUUAAUUUAUGAUGGAACUAAUAACCACUCAAUUAGAUAUGAUUUUACUAAUUGUAGUCUUGAACAAUUACCUACAAUCUACCGACCUUUUCAUUUUGUGGAAGAAAAUAGUCCUGGCAUUGAAGCAAUAUAUGAUGCAUUUUAUGCGUUUCAGAAUCGAUCCCUAAUAGACUCUGAUGAGAGUAUUUCUGAAAAUGGAGCUCAAAAAACAGUUUUUGUGCGAAAGGCUAACAGCACUCUACCUUUCCCAUAUGCCAUCACAGCAACCAUAGACAAUCAAUUGCAGCAGAUAGAUAGAGUUGUCAUCUCCCGCUCACUAGAAAACAAGAGCUCUGAUUGGCUCGUGAUGAUGAGAUAUGGUGAAUUAGUUGAAAUAAGUGACGCUGACCUGACCGACCCCUCUGUCAUCACCCUUCCUCCCCACGAUGUUUUCUGUAAAUCUGAUAAACAGGUUGAAGUGCCGCAACUUGGGAAGUUCUACUACAUGGAAGUCCGGAUACUUAGCGAGUACUACAAGAAACAAGAAUCUCUCAGUCUCAUUAAGAUAUCUGAGUAUGUGUACGAUGGUCUGAUCAGUGUAGGGUACCACGCUAGUACCGACCAACACGUGCACUACACCAACAUAGUGCACGAUUACAGCACUGGUGCUGGGGUGCUUAUUAACCGGGAUAUGGAGCUGUGUCAGAGGUACAAGAUAAAGGCUCAGGCUAAUGCCACCAUCAGUGAUAAGAAACAGCUGUUCAAGACGGAGACCCUGGAUCAAAUGCAUCUGUUCGAGAAGAAAUACUUUGUCCUGUUUUGGCAGGUGUUGGAGCUAUUAAAAAACGAAAGCACUGGAUGGCAGUACCAAGGAAGUCGCAUGGUUGAUUCUACACAGUGCAAUGUUUGGAGUUAUCCGAUACACAACAGUUGGAUUGCUGAGAUUGCCUUCUCCGUGGAGAAGAUACAUCUACGUCAGAGCAGUUACACCAACAAGCUACAAUCUGUGCUGGUGUCGGUUGACUUGUAUCGGAUUGAGGCCCGGGCGGAUUCUUUACCAGCGAUCUCUUUCAGGAUAUCCGACUAUCAGAUCGACAGUAAUCCAGUUUCAACAGAGUUGCUCUACGAUACGUCAGUGUGUUACGAAGGAGAGAACUCCUGUGUCAUACAGUUCAAACUCAACAUCACAUUCCAGACCUUACAUAGGAUUGGUCUGGGAAAUGUUAAGAGGGCAAUAGUUCAGUCAAUCGCCUCAAAAACAAAAGUAAAAGAGCAACAAAUACACCAUGUCUCUCUUUCCCCAGUCCCUGCCUCGCAGUCUCUCGUGUCUCUUACUGUGUAUCAUGGCAUCGGCAAUGACAUUCUUGCUAUUCAACUAUUUAAAGAUCGGAUAAAGACAGCGAUAGAUAACAAUAUGUAUGUUACAUUUGCAAAUGAGAAUUCUAACCAGAUUCAAGUAGCGUACAGUGUCAAAGAUUCCCUUGUGUUUGACUAUCAGAUUGUCAAUACUCAGCAUUGGUCCGUUUCAGUAGCAGCUACUAUCAGUCUGUGUAUUGGUACGCUCUUCAUUGGUAUUAUCCUGGGCGUACUUUCUAUUAACUGCUGGAAAAGGAAGAAGAGUUCUGCCACAGAGGGGGGUUCCUCCUACUACCGCCGCUUCAAGGACGAGGAAAUUGAAGAGGUAGAGUUCAACAAUGACAGCACUAACUUAUGAAACACAAGGAAAUAUUCUCAACGCUGACUACAUCAACUUGCGAAACAUUAGAGAAUAUUCUCAACGCAGACAGUAUCAACUUGACAAGCGUGGAAGAAAAUGUUGUUGAACAUGCUUUUUGGAUUUAACGUUUGUGUUUUAUAUGAACUUUGCUAAAACUCCGAUAUCUGUAUUAAUAACUACGUUUAUUUUGAAAAUACUUGAAUUCAUCAACCUGGUUGAUUGAUUGGAGACUGGCUCAUUGACCUGUAAAGUAUACCUGUAAAGUAUUGUAUAAAGAAUCCACAGGAAUCGUCGACUAAACAGUAUACAUAUUUCGAUCGGUUUUUUAUGAAAUUAUUUAACUAUUCAAUAAAUGCAUUAAAGUUUAAAAUAUAUUUAAUGCCUGCUAAGUUUUAGUGAUGAAGGAUUAUGAACUGAAGUUUAAUCAAAUACAGAGUUCUGCGCUGGCCGCUUAAAUUGUUUAUUGUAAUAAUAUUUAAUUAUUAAAGAAACAGACUGAAGUCAAUGGGGAAUUUUGUUUUACAUAAAUAAAGAUUUGGCUAAUAAUAUUGAGAAACGAAAUAAUGGUUGAGUUGCUUAAAAUCUGAUGAAUUUGCCUUUUUUGACAGGUGUUAUGAUUGUUAAUGUUUUAUAAUAAUAUUCUAUUUGAGUCCCAGCCAUAGCGCCUGUGGCUAAGUGCAACUCAUGAAGUGGCCAGGAAAUGCAGCUUUAAAUACACAUAAUGCAGCUUGUAUGCAGUUAUGCACACCACAUAUUUUCUAUUAGAAGCGAGGAGAAACUGUACUGUCUGCAGAAGUUGUCCAUCUUUUACUGUUUGGGAAUUUACAGUUUAUAAAUACAUUUCUUCCGAAGAAGUCACUUUGUCGGAGAAUUUUUGACAAACUCUCUACACAAUCAUUGUCAAUUUCUAUAAUGUUUCUAAAUGAAUGUGAAAUUGGCCCCUGGGCCCUGGUGUGCCUGUAUAAUUGUACUGGAACUGCGCUUUGUGUUCCCGAUUAACCGAUCAGCUUACACACAAAAGCAACGACAAGUCAACUGAUGGAGCAGCAUGUGGUUUCUCCUCCGACAUAAUCAUAUGCUGGCAUAAACAAGCCAAUAUUCC